ACGCCUUCACUUCCAUACUCUAAUAUUACUAUGCAGUCUACUAAUUCUCUUUUUACCUUUCCCUUCUGACAAAAUGUAUCAUGUUAUUAUGUUAUUAACUACUUCCGCAGUUCGUCAACGUGUAGCGUCUGUUAACAUCUAUCAAUGAACAGGAUCUAUGGGUGUUUAAUGUCUGUAGGCGGAGUCAGGCGGAUUUGCAUCUUUGGUGUAGCCUCGAUUCGUAGUUAGCAACGUUAGCCCUACCUUGUAAAUGGAAGUGAUGUGUGUAGUGACUGGAGUGCCGAGCAUCUGAGGAAUAUUACUCUAAAGGUUCUGCCAUGACAACCUGAACAGCUGCCAACUAUUCUCACGGUUCACCUGCCCAGACAUCACAGGCCGAGGUCAAGCGGCUAAAUCCCCGGACUGUGUGGAAAAUACACCGCUUUAAAUGGGAUGCAAGACUGAUUGGAAAGGAUAUCUUGGUUGUCUCCUGGAAAAACGCGUUGGAUUGUUUGUAGUUUAAACUGGUGCAUCAAUGGACAAGGAACCAGUGCAGAGCCCUGGCAGAGAGCCCGUGGAAGAAGAUGUGGGACAAAACACAGAGAAGACCCCCAGUGAGGCAGAAAACACCUCAGAGGCAGCAUCAGCACAGGAUCAAUCGACACCUUCAGACACUAUCGAUGCAGAGGAAACCCCCAAGUCAGAUCCUGUCCCAGAAGAGACAAAGGAGGAGGCUAAGGCCAUUGGUGGUGAGCCUCCUGUUGACUGGUUUGAGCCCCUUGAGGAGGAUGAUGAUGUCAAUAGCACGGGUAACAAUGAUCCAGAGGUGGAAAGCCUAGCAGGAGAGAGUGAAAGGAGUGAGAGCGUGGCGGGCAGUGAGAAGGCCUUCAAAAAGAUUUAUCAGCUUCACAUUCCUCGCCGUAAGCGAUCACAUCCUGAUGAGGGAUGGGUGGAGUGGCCUGUACUUGGAGAGGGUUGGAAACGCAAAGAAGUUGUCCGGCGCUCAGGUUCAAGCAUUGGCCAGAAGGAUGUUUAUUACCUGAGUCCACGUGGUGAUCGACUGAGAAGCAGAGUAGAGCUGGCGUCAGUGCUGGAGGGAGUUCUUGACUUGUCAACAUUUGAAUAUAAAACAGGGAAGUUCUACAAUGGCGAAGCACCACCAACAAGAGUUCGAAACAGAGCGAAGAGAAAGAUACGAGAGCGUUCUUCCUCGGAGUCCAGCUGGAUGGAGAGAGGAGAAGGGGCGGACACUCCAGACUCCCACCACAGGCUCACUCCAAGCCAGAGCCUCAAAACCAUCCACUCCAACCAAACAAGUUUCUCCAUGCAGAGUACAAUGGGAACUCCAAACCAUGGUGCUUGCAAUAAGGAUGCAGUACACGAAGAUAAAAUUAAACUUCCCCUUCCCUCAUCAUCCAGAUCGAUCCCGCUCCCCUCCAUAAAUGGAGAAAUCGGGUCAGAGGACAGCACUCUGAUCUGUGCCAGAUGUGGUAUUUCCUUCACAGGGACAUGGUACGACAAGCAAAGAAAGAGGCCCUCCUGUCCCACCUGUUGGGCCUCAAAGACAAAAGAACAUCCGAUGAUUCGUUUUAGAAAGUGGAUUCCUUGUGGGCAGUGUGUCGGAUGCCAUAAUACAGUUAAUUGUGGACAAUGUGCCAACUGCAAGCAUGGACUGCAGAGCCCUGAGACCCGAAAACGAAUAUGCCGGAAACGCAGGUGUAUAUGUCCUAUUCGUAAGGGCCCUGGAAGUGGAGGCUUCCUGCACCAGAGACCUCAUAAUGACAUUCCUGAAACAUUUGAUGACAGCAUGAGUUUCCAGGUGAUGAAAACAUGUGUAAUCAAAAGUGAAAUUACGGACUCACAGCACCCGAGUCUCAAAAGCAGUGACACUGAGAACUUCUCAGUUAACGUGGACGUAGAUGACGACGAAGACAUGUCAACCGAUGACGAUGAUGAUUGGCAUAAGAAGCGGAAGCGGCGUUCCUGUGGGGAAUGCAAAGCCUGUCUCUGCAGGAAAGACUGCGGCACGUGUGAUUUCUGUAUAGACAAACCCAAGUUCGGAGGUAGCAACAAAAAGAGACAGAAGUGUCGUCUACGUCAGUGUCAGAGACAGGCAAUGAGACACUUGCUACCCUUCCAGAUGGGACAAGGUGACUAUGGGGCAGAUAAUCCACUACUCCCAGGCAGGCCAAGGCCUCACUACACAUACAGUCGAAAGUCAGGUUUAAAGAAAAACAAGGGAGCACAACUUGGCAUGGACUUCACUGACAAUGAAGAUGAUGACAUUAACUUACAAAUGAAUUGGAGCUCCGAGCCUGCCGGCGGUAGUAAACUCGCUUAUGAGAUGAACUUGAGAAACCACCAAUCAUCUAUGCAGUUAAAUCAUUCAGAUUUUGGAGUGCGAAAUGGGCUGCCUGACAGAGUCCCUCACAUCGGCAACCAUAACAACUCCCAUCUAGACCAGCUAAGCAGAUGGGAUGGAGACAAAUCAUUUGUAGGCAGAGAUGGUCAAAGGCAUGUUGAAGACGAAGAGGAAGAUGAAGAAGAGUUGCCCAUGAUUACGCAGAUCUUCAGUUUAGCUGAUAAUCCAGCCGGGACUGGUGCGGACAUUGAAAACCACCUAAUGAAACUGCUUAAGUCUUUACGUUCCUCUGUACUGCCAAUCCUAUGGUAUGCCAUAAUGGUGGAGGGCCCGCAGCUGCAGCUUAUCCAGUGUGCUAAACAGUCCAACAUGGCCGACACCAUAGUGUUGAUCGACCCCGGCUUCUGCUAUCAGGUCACCGUCCAAAAGCAGCCGCUGCUCCCCACCCACCCGCUGUACGACGACUACCCGGCACGCUUGACCUCGGUGACUGAAGUGGUGAAUCUGCUUUUGGGUCUGGAGAAGUACGUGGUGUGCCAAGGCCUGCCCCCCAAAGAGCCGUUAUCUAAUAAAGACCCAAUCACACUAGAGCGGGCGUCAACAUGUGAUUUCUUGGUUAAGAAAAACGUGAGUAUCUGUUUUAACUGCAGAAUGCUGCGAGGAUGAGAACUUUUAACUUCUGCAGAAACAGAACAAAAAUCUACGACCAUAUUGGAGACCACCAGUCCUAUGGUACAACUCUGUGCCAUUUAGUUCAUUUUGGUUUCUGAUUUUCUUUUGGUGAUAACAUAAGACACUUUACAGAUUUACCUCUGGACUGUAUUAGUAUGAUUUGUUUAUCUGAAGAAUCACCAAAGGCAUUCCAGGAGCUGUGACAUUAUAAUCCAGGUGCGUUUCUUUCUCAGAUGUCUUCUGUUUUUUGUUUUUUUUUUCUUGUGUCAUGACUGUUAUAUCAGAGUUUGGACAGUGUGACGGGUAGAGGUCAAAUCUGUUAUCAUGCUGUGUGGUUAAUGUGUUGUUGGUCGAUCCACACUCUUACUUGAGGAAUCGAUAACCCUCCCCAAAUUGGAUCUUUCAGCCCAAAAAUAACAUUAUUAGCAAUGAACCUGCUUAUCCUUUAAUCCCAUGUUAACAAUGUUAUCAUGCAUCCGUAUUCUGUAUAAGAUAACGAGUGGAGCUGGCCAGCAUGUUUUUGUUGAAGUUCAUUUGCAUCUUGUCCCCCUUUUCCAUUUUAUAGAAAAUUAUUGAUUUUAUUGAUUCAUCAAAGGUUUUGAUAUUUAUCUGUGCAUUACUGGCUCCGACUUAAUGUUUAAAGUUCUAAAUGAUUGUGUUUUCCAGUAUAUGCAAAAAGAAUUGAAAAAGGAGACUUUGAAAUGUACUUUUUUGAUAUUAGACUCUGAUUUCAUUACAUGGAUUUACCUCCACUUUAGAUUUUUUUCAAUUUAAAAAAAAAAAAAAAAAAAAAAAAUUGCUUUUCAAUAUUGAAUCUCACUUCAUGUGAAAACUGAUAACGUAAAGAUAAAUAUCUACAAAUUGACCAAAUUAAGUACAACUGUAAAACACAAUAAGUGACUGCCCAAAUAUUCACCCCAUUUAUUAUGAUGCACCUAAAUUAUUAGUAAAUGACACUGUAUGUUGAGUAGAGAUCACCCGUUAACAAGUGUACAACAGAGUUAGUGAAUAGUACCAACUGAGACGGAUACAAGAACACUGAACAUCAUACGGAGCAUGAAGGUCAAUCAUGAUGAUCUAUGGCUCCAUGGUGAGUUAUGAGACGGUAUUCAGAAAACAACUGUUGCUUCAACAGUUGCAGCUUUAUGUCAGUGAGGCAAAUCCACUGUUAAAAAAAACUGUAGACGUCUGAGGAAGUGAUCACCAGAAGACGUGGGCGACUAAAACAAAGUGUAAGAAUGUGAGUGUUAGUAAGCUAUGUGGUCUGAAGGGAACAAAAUUGAGGUUUUUAACCAUUAUGCUAAAAGCUAUGUUUGGUGUAAGACAAACACUACACAUAAGCAGAAAGUCACUAUACUCAGCAUGAAAGUUUAUUUUCCAGACAACAACCCAAAACAUAAAGUCAAAGCUACAACAACAAUGUUGUCUUGCAGUGUACCAGUCAGAGUCCAAACCGCAGGGCUCUGAAACUCUGACAAUACGACAAAACAAAACAGUAUAAUGUGAAAAGGUUGGGUUCAUUUUUACAACCGUUGUGAUUAAUGUUGUAAAUCUGUUGUGCCAUUUGAAAUCAUGAGAUUCAUUGAACGUUAAUCUUGCUAGGACGUUAUUUUAGUCUUUAGUAUUUUUGUCUUUUCCACAUUCAUCAAAAUUUUUGGGCUGAUGCAGACAGGACAUGAGCUGGUUUAGAUCGGCAGAUUGAACAUGUGCUGACAUUUUACCACGCAGAAACCAGAAUACCUUUAGUAUGAAUGUUUUUUUUUUUUUUUUUUUAGUGAUAUCCUCAAAUAAAACUGGUUUUGUAGCCAAAAGUCAUUUUACAGAUGACACUAUUUAUUAAACUGGUAAAAGUGUGUGAAACCUUCUUAAAACAUGUCCCUCCGUUUAUCUUCUAGUCUAGCAUUAUUCUCAGUAUUUAAUGUAUUUUAAAUCUUUUGAUGGAUUUUUAAAAUUGAACUAUGUAAAUUUAAAAAAUAAACUUUUUUGGCCCGUCCCUUCUCCAUUGCAAUCCUGUGAUUUUAACAAUGUGAAAGUUUAUGUAUCCUUAGCAUAAAUGAUUUAUUUUUAUUAUCAUGGUUUCCUCAAGUAACUGUGCACAUUUUGAAAUGUUUGGGGGCAGUUAAUUUUUCUUUUAGAACCUGCUGUUAGUCUUUGAAUUCAAACAUAUUUACAGAAUUGACAUGAAAGGUUUUCCAUAUUUCCUGUCUGUCUUUUUGAAGGCAGUGUGAAAAUAAACUUUUCUUGCUGACUCCUUU